AUGUCUCAGGCAAAGCUAACUCUACGGCCUCCGCCAAACAUCGAUUUCGUGCAGGGUUAUCCUGGAAUCCCUCCUGGUCCACCUGACCGCCCUCAAGCUGCAGUGAAAGGUGCGAUCGAAGUGCGAGUCGGUCCUCAGGGCGUCAAGGCAAAAUGGGUCCGCAUCGAGCUCAGGAAGGUGGAGACACUACCUGGAGGUGGGGUUGCGAACACGUUCUUUGACCCCGUGGGCCAGAGUCCCAUCAAUGUAUGGCAGUCAGGCGAAGAAUAUGGGAUAUUGCAUACCCAAGACUUUCCGUUCUACAUCCGCAUUCCGGAGUCUAUCCCGCCUAGUAUAGCUCUGGAGAAGGGCGCGGGUAUCAAGUACGAGUUGAUUGCUGCGGUGUGUAUCAAGGGGAAGAGAGGAUUGCUUCGUCGUGACAAGCCUGUCGUCGCUGCCACUUCUUCCCAAAUUAUCAUUGACAAGCACGAAUUGCACUCUACUUGGCCUGUUUACUCGCAACCAGAGUCGCGGAGCCACACGCAGGAUGGGGUAACGCUUACUGUUGACCGUUCGCACACAUGCUAUGGGCCAGGCGACCGUAUCAUCGUAAUGGCGACAGUGAAGUCUGACGGCCUUCAUACUGUCAUUCUUCGCGGUUUCGAGUUCACCUUGCGCGAGACUACCGUGUUUCGCGCAAGUCCACAUACCCAUGGUAAGAAGGGUGCACCGCAGGUGAAAGUUGCGAGCAUCGGAGAGCAGAAGGUGCCCGUGAAUGUGACCCUGUAUGGUGGUACGCAACAUAAGGCGGAGCUAACCGCCGUCAUACCCCCUCACCAUACCUCUGCCACUUUGAACGCAGCAAGACACAUUGAUAUCACAUACAACCUGAUCGUCAAGGCUCUGAUGGGCACCGGUCAACCCGUUGUACUUGAUCUCCCGGUGAUCGUGUCAAAUUGGCCAAGAACUGUAUCGCAGGAAGCAAUGAGGCGGAUUGGCACUGCCCCCAACGUCUCUUUACCAGGGCACACCGGCACGCUUCACAUACAGCCGGAAUUGCCCCUCUCACCACCAGCCUUGCAGGUGUCUCAGUCUAUCAUCUCGAUCACACCCCAGGCCAACAUUGUAAUCUCGGCCCAACCUCACCCAUAUAGUAGCUCGGAGAAAGCAGUCAGACCGGCAACUACAGGCUCCACUAGCAGACCAGCUCUCGGUCAGUUCAAUACCGCGCCAACGUCUCUUACGAACGGCUACGCAGGAAAGACUGAUGAAUUUGGGAUGACAAAGAGCUCAAGCAUCGAGAACAGCUCGCGCGAUAAUGCCAGCUCCCAGGGGAGUAGUUAUGACGCGCAGACAAUUGGUGGUACUGGCUUUGGCCGCUCCGCUGCUAACUCCGUGAGCUCUCGAACACCUGGCCCGCAUGGGAAUGACGCUCCAGCCGCUCGUCCUCGCAACAAUAGUGCCAGGGCGGUAGGUGCCGGGAGUAGAUUGACGGUAGCGAAUUUGAAUGAUCAGGAGAUCGAAGAACAUACGAAAGCGGAACGUAUGCACGGAAGACAGGCUUCUCUAUCAUCAACUCCAGCUCCGAGGACACCUCCGGCGGAAGGACUGCGCGCUCAAUGGCUUUCUGCCGAAGACGAGAAACGACGACUCUAUGAGACUGCUAUCGCCAACGUCGAGCGAGUGCAAGGCAAUGUGAUCCAUGCGCGCAGUAUGACCGAUAAGCAUGCACCGUCCGAUGCAAGUUCUACUCCGCCGUUAAGCAGCACGACGGCGAAGUCGGGUCCAUGGCCAACCGCCGAGGACGAGAAGACUCGGCUGUUCAAUCAGGCUCAGGCGGCUGUCUUGCGUACCCGAGGCUUGGUCAGCUCUCCUAGUGCUUCUUCUGUAUCAUCUGGUCAUGGACGAAACGGUUCACUCAACGGUUCUCAAUCCUGGAUGGCUCCUACUUCCGGGUCGCAUGGUCAGAUGAGAUCAGCAACAUAUAGCCCUCCAGGAACCGCCAACUCGUCCUCUGUAUCACGUCAAUCAGCAGUUGUGAAAACUGCUGCGCUUCAUUACGCUUCUGCUGAAGAUGAGAAAGCAGCUCUCCGUCGAUAUCACGAAGCAAAGGCUGCAGUGGAUCGCACGCAAGGUGCAGCUUAUGGUAUCGUGUCACCAACUCCCCCAUCUGCACCUAUAUCAUACGACGCUCUUUACCUUUCAAAUACACCAAAGCCUAGCUCGUCGCUAUCUGCCCCGGUGGUAAACGGUUCGACACCGCCAUUCGUUCCAUCCUCAACUCAAUCCUCGCAUCCAUCCGAUGAGGGCCGGCGCGCGUACGAGGCACAAAAUGCCGCGAGGACGCCAAAUGUUACCCGCAUCAGUUCGAUUGGCACCGCAGGCUUCACGCUGACCACGCCCGACCAGCCCUCGACAACCGGUGCCGCCGCUGAGAAGGAGAAGCUCCGCAGGAAGUUUGAGGCCCAGGAUACUGCCGCGCUGACUUCGGGACCGCCAGCGCCGCCUCCUCGCUACGGCGCACCGCCUCCCACGCCUCCUCCUUCACAGGGAUCACGUCCAACACCCACCCCGCCACGAUCGCCGCCCGUAUCACCGCAUGCCAGCGGCUCUCGGCCAAUGACUGCUGCAGAGGAGAAGGCAAGACUGAGGGCGAUGUACGAAGCUAGUGAUCAGGGCGCCCGACCAAACGACAUGUCUUCCUACCCAUCCCCGCCUCCCACUGGCGUCCACAGGCAUGACGAAUCCGCUUUUGGGGCGUCGGCCGCACCACCGCCUCUCCUGCCACGCCCUCCGAAAGAAUAUAUUCAGGAGACACAGGAGGAAGACAUCCGUACCUACGCUGAGAUCGAAGCAAUCGACAAGGAUCCUGCGCGUGCAGGCCCCCAGAAAGCAGAGGUGCUGCUGUCAUCAUUCAACGCAGGUCUAGUCGAUUCUUAUGGAAACCCCGUUCCCGCCCCGGGCCCGCCCCCGCCACUGCCCCCCAAGGUCCUGCUCGAGUGA